CCAUAAGCACGCUGAAGAAUCAAGCCAAUACUCCCCAACGAUCAACAUCCCGCGACCAUGAAAGUCAUCAUCUCAGGUGCCACGGGCUUGGUCGCGACCGCAGUUGUCCAGCAGAGCCUCGCCCAUCCCAAAAUUUCCAAGGUCAUCGCCCUCUCGCGGCGAGCCGUCGAGCUCCCCGACAAUGUAAACAGCAGCAAGCUCAAGCAGGUGCUCAUCAAGGAUUACAACGAGUAUCCAGAAGACAUACUCGAAGAGUUGCGCGGCGCCCACGCGUGUAUUUGGACUGUUGCAAUCACACCAUCAAAGUCGAUGACCUACCCGUGGGAAGAUGUGGUCAAGAUAUGCCAGACGUCCACCACAACGGCUCUCCACGCCAUGAUCGGCGCUGGCAUGGCAGAGCCAUUCCGCUUCUUGUACGUGAGCGGCGAUCGCGUUGAUCCCGACAGUCCGCCCAAGCCCGGGCCGAUGGGGCGAUAUAUACAACUGCGGGGCGAGACAGAGAACAUGGUGCGUCAAAUCGCGGAGCAGUACCAUGGCAAAGUCCAGGUCUGCAUCGCGCGCCCCGGCAUCGUGACGAGUGACGCAACCUACACGAGGGCCUUUUGGGGCUCAGCCGUGAGGACGCUCAACCCCGUUGCCAACGUCAGCCGUGACGAGCUCGCUGCUGCAAUGGUCGAUCAAGUGGUGAACGGGUUCGACAAGAAGGUGUUGGCAAACGCAGACUUGAAGACGAGGGGCCGUGAGGUCCUGACGCAGCAGGACCAGGGGUAAGAGCCAUAUCAGUUGUGAAUAAGUUCUUUGGGGUUGAGCACGUUCGACUGUCACUAUAGAGUAAUGUGAGUAUGAAACGUAACAUUUGAUUUUGCCAGCCUACUAAAACAGGUUGAGAGUGUCAAUCCAACGUAAUACAUGCGGUUGGCGCUUGAACAAUGAUCACAGCACCGUUGGACGGUGAUAGCUUCUCAUCCCAGAUUCCCUUCCAAUGCACCUUGCCACAGGUACUAGCGGCCUCUCUUUCGGAUUUAUUGUGACU